AUGCCCAAGAAAAAUAGUGCUGUAAAAGGGAAGGACUCUGAUAAGAAGCUUGUGCCAUCUGGUAACAAAAAAGGAUCUGUUUACAAUGGUCUGAAGAAUGAAAUAAUUAUUAAAAUUCAUGCAAAACCAGGUGCUAAGGAAAGUGGAAUAACUGAUGUUGGUGAAGAAAGUGUUGGUAUUCAAAUAGGUGCUCCGCCUGUUGAUGGGGAGGCCAACAAAGAGCUUAUACGCUAUUUAAGUGAAAUACUGCAAUUGAAGAAAAGUGAAUUAAGCCUUGAAAAAGGCUCUAGAUCAAAAGAAAAAACUGUGAUAAUUACUGGAUCUUCUGUAUCUGCAGAUGAUGUGUUAUCAAAACUUAAAGCUAUUAGCAAACAAUAA